AUGGCGAACAGUAUUGUAGGAACGCUUCCCAUCAAACACACCGUGGAUCCUAAUGGAUCACUCUUUCUUGAUGUUCCCUUGCAACUCCCGUCGGCGAAAGUGUCCCCGAAGAUAUCUCUGUCCUACCAUUCUGCCGCAACCAACAUCUCUGCGAUCGGAAAAGGAUGGGUUAUUAAGGGCGCAUCUGUGAUCGAGCGCGUUCCUGCGACCGUGGCACAGGAUGGCUUUCGUGGCGUGAUCAAUUAUGACAAGAACGACCGGUUUGCCCUUGACGGUCAGCGUCUGGUUUCUAUAGGCGGCAAUGAGUAUCGCUUUGAAAUCGAGCAAUGGUCGAAAGUUACUGCCAAGGGAUCUGACCCAGCCAAUCCUGAAUAUUGGACCGAGCAUCUCCCUGAUGGUACGACCCGUAUAUUUGGUAAUACUCGGGACUCCAACAUAAAGGCGAAGGGCGGUACGGGGACGCGCGUGUGGGCAAUAUCCGAAAGUUCAGACGGGUUCUCAAACUACGUCACUUAUUCUUACAACAAUGAUAUUCGACAAGGCGCAUUUUACUUGACGGAGUUGAACUACGGAGGAAAUCUUUCUUCGAGAAUGGCCCACCAGCGCCGGAUCACCUUCGAGUAUGAGACGCGCCCAGACAAGCUGGUCAAAUAUAUUGGUGGCUACGAGGUUUCCAUUGACAAGCGGUUGACCUCCAUCUCGUCACAUGUGCAGAACAACUUUGUGCACAAGCAUCAUCUUCAGUACGACGAGGCUCCUGUCACAGGUACGAGCCGCUUGAUCAAUGUCGCUCUUUCCGAUCCGUCGGGAGCGUCCGUCAGGCCGCUCAAAUUCGACUGGGUCAAUGGAAACCGAGCCAUUUUCGAUCCACUCGAUCCAUCUAGGGCUGUUACCAUCGAAACCGAGGAUCCGAAUGCUCAGGUACUUCCUCUGGACGUCAAUGCUAGCGGGAGGAGCAGCCUCGUUAUCGCUUCUAAGCGCAUCCGAUCUGGUUACCAGAAACUCCAUCUUGCUGUGCAUAUCGCGGACGAUGAUGGUCGUAUUCCUUCUUCGCCCGACUCCGUACUCGAUAGUUUGCCCUUUCCCAAGCAAAUUAUACCGCUGGAUAUCAACGGAAAUGGGAAAACUGAUUUGCUUCAUAUCAUGUCGACGAUGUCGUCUCACACUCUUACCGUCAUUCUUUCUACUCCACAAGGCUACGAGCCUCAACAGCCUGUCACCUUCUCACCGGAGGCUAUGGGCGGACACUUUCACUCCGGUGACUUCGAGGGUAAUGGCCAAGUUGGUUUGGUAUACAUAUACAACCGCAUGAGCGGCGGGCGCCAAAAUGUGCGAUUUGUCCAGUUCGUUUCGGACAGAAAGCAGUUUACAGCUCUGCCCCCUCGCGACGGACCUGCGUAUGUUAGUCUGAAGAACCUUCAUGUCGUUGUCGGGGAUCUUAACGGCGAUGGCGCUGAGGAUGUCUUCGUUAUCUACUCAAAAAUCAAGAGUGGGCGCACCGUUGGCCAGAUUGACUUGCUACAGUCACAGGAUGGAAGGCUUUGCUACCGGCAAGACGAUGGCUUGACAAAAGCUGGCGAGGCCGUUUUGUGGAAAUCGACAAUAACAUUCUUGCCUUACCCUGCAGACGAAGACGGAAAGACAAGUCUCCUGGCAGUCUCGGACAACAACGGUUACCUUUCAACCCAACUGUUACGCAGCACUGGUCCUUCCUUAUUACUGCCGUCCUCGCCGUUGGUUACCAACAUCGCGUAUAAUGGACAUCUUACCCUGGCGAGGACCACUUCGACUGGCACAGUCGAUCUCGUGAAUACCUUCACGAAGCUAUCCGGAGACAGGCAGACUAAUGUCAAUGUUCUACGCUUCUUCAAUAACACCUUCGUGAAUACGGAAGAUGUUGCACAGCCUGGAAAGUCAUCCACCUCAGUGAUGUGGUCCGAUGUUCGCGGAAUCGGACGUGCGGAUUGCUUGCUGAACACCAUAGACAUCCGCGGCAAGCUUACCAUAUCUCCGAUGAUGUGUUCGUCUUCCCAACCCUUAGAUUUUCUAUCUGGCUACGAAAACGGCCUUGGGUCCCGCAUCUCGGUGUCAUACGCUCCUCUCAGCGAUGGCUCAAUCUACAGAACAGACAGCACGCCCGAGUCUCCGUUGCCUGCUCUGAACGCCAUGGCGCGUAAUGUGUCCUUGAGCACCACGCUCACUUCGUCCCCGACACAGCAGGAAACGGCGCACGGCCGCUCACAGCUCAUGUAUUUUCCCUCUUGGGUUGUUAAACAACUUGACAACACUCCUUGUGCAGCCAAGCCUGAUGUGGUUGAUCAAACCAACUACAAGUACGCUAACGCAAGACUAAACUUUGACGGAAGAGGCUGGCUUGGAUUCGAAGAGAUUACCAAGUCUAGUCGAGUGCUCGGAACAUCCGAGAAGACACAUUAUCGGCAGGAAUACCCAUUUACUGGCCACGUGUCCCAAGUGGAAAUUAGGUCUGGUGGUCGGCUGCUACAAGACAACAGGUACAAUUUUGAGACUACACGGGCGAACGCAAGAAAUAACUGCUCCGUUCGACUGCGCAGCGUCCUCGAAAGCACCUAUGAAGCCGGCGCGCUUGCUUACGAAGUCGAUGUCUCAUAUGCAUAUGACGCCUUCAAUAACGCCACGAAUCUCACCAUCAAGUCUCCCCAGCUGCAGAUGCCUGCGUUCACUAUCCAGUCUACGUUCGAGAACAAUGAGCAGUUUUGGGUCCUCGGGAGUAAGACGCUGGAGGUUGUCAAGCAGAACGGCGUUGUUCUGAAGCAAACCAAGUACGCUUUCGUUCCGCACACGCAGACUACCAAGGAAGUGAGCAGCUGGGUGAGCGGUGACACUUGGUUGGCUCGGAUCUUUGAAUUCGACGAGACUGGGAAUGAGACGAUCGUCAAGGGGCCAGGGCCAGCUAAAUCUUCGUUCACAUAUGAUGAAACCAAAUCUCACGCAGUCGCUACAUUGACCUACACUAGUGCCGACGGUCCUCCGUUGAAGGAGACUUCAGCCUUUGACCUGGUACACGACAAGCCGGUCUCGGUCACAGACUCGAACGGGUUCACUACGUCUACAACUUAUGAUGUACUUGGUCGCAUGCAAGAGAUUUCCCAGGGAGACAGCCACUCUGGGAUGAGUGUUGUCGAGAAGCAGUCAUUCUACGUCGACGGCACGGACUUCUACCAGUUGUCUCAGAUUCGUACAGAACUCAGAGCGGGCGAGGACAGCUGGAUGGACACUGUGGACCAUAUAGACGGCCUCAAUCGUAAGUGGAGGAGCGAGAGGCCUCGACCCGAUGAUCCCUCUGCGUUCAUCUACACGGAUGUCGAGUUCGACGGGGCUGGGCGAGUUGUCGCCCGCUCUCGAGAUUACUUCGCCGGCUCAGUGCCUACAUUCACGAGGUACACCUACGACAUGCUUUCUCGCGUGAUCAAGCAGACGCUACCACCCGCUUCUUCGGGUGUGUCGCCCAUCACAAUCACGUCCAGGUAUGAGUUCCAGUCAGGAAUAUCCAAGAUCACGGAAACUCGAUCCGAUGGAAACCAAGCCACGGAUCAGAUCAGCACCCGCGAAGUCCAGUUCCUGCCCAACCCAGAGCCUUCCGCCUCCAAAUUCGUCAAGCCGUUCGUGGUUAGAUCGACGAACGAGCUGCAGCAAAGCAUCCAGACGGUCUUCGAUGGCUUGGGAAGGCCCGUUCGCAUGAAAGAUCCUUCAGAUGUUCAACUGUCUCUAACCUGGGAUGGUCUUUCGCGUGCCACCGAACGACGUCUCACAAACUCUGGGAAUAAAGACAUCAGUCAUUUCGUCGCCAAAUACGAUGUUGACCUUUGCCUAACUACUGUCUAUAACAAGCUUACUGGAUUGUCGACCACGACCAAAUCGGACUUCAUCCAGAGACCAAUCUCGAGGACGACAGCGGACGAGACCUUGACUUACACCUAUGACAAAGGAGGGCAAAAUACCAAACAACGUUUGGUUUCUGUGACGUCUUCGAAGGGUAUCGACUACCAGUUUGACUACAACAUCCGCGGGAAGCUAAUCACGCACAGCCUCUCACUCGACGGCCACAAAUUCGUUACAUCUCAUGAAUGGUCACCCUUCGGCCAGCUUCUACGCACCACGAACCCUGAUGGUACUACCAUCGCUCGAACCUUCUAUGGGGACGGCGAAUCAGUAAACCGGGUUGUGCUCACGGAUACCGACAACACUACCCGGGCUUGGAUCGCCCUCGACGAGUUCAAAGACGUCUUUUCUCGUCCUCUCGUCUGUGAAUUCGGAAACGGGUUAAGGUCCACAUCUUCCAUCAUGGAAAGUGGUAUGCUCGCCAGCCGUAUACUGUCGAAGGGCAGCAAUGUGUUACAUCGCCAGGACUGGAAGGUCGAUGCCUUCAGUAGAAUCGCCAAUCACAGUGUCGGCCGCGGACGUAGUACAAGCCAGUUUUUAACCUCCAGUAAUUCAUUCCAGUACAAUAAUGCAGGCCAGCUCGUACAACUCCUCUCUGAUUCGUCUUCACUUGUUACACAGCCCGAAGAGUUCUCCUACGACCAGAGUGGUAACAUUACCUCCAAGGGCGGUAGAAAGUUCGUCAACGAUGGUUGGCAACUGUCCAAAAUAACCGGCGGUGAUGGCCACACAGAAUGCUCUUUCACUUAUUCCCCUGAUGGCAACUUGAUUUCAAAGUCGAAUGGUGCAGGGAUAGAGAAGAAUACAAUGAAGUAUGAUGCUAACGGGCGGCUUGUACAGCUGGACGAGACGUCGUUCGUGUAUGACUUCAGUGGUCACUUGAUCAAGGCGGUGCUUCCGAAUGGAGAUGUCACGAUGUAUCCCAGCCAGUCAUACGAAGUUACCGUGUCGGCGUCUGGAAGGGAAACUCACACAUCCUACCUUGUCCAUGGCUACCGCCGGGCCUCGCUCUCAACGACGAAGGGAAAUGUCAAGGAAAGAUCUCAUGGCCCAGUCGUCUACUACUACCACACGGACCAUCUAGGCAGCACGGUUGCAGCCUCCGAUGAGAAGGGCAAUAUAGUGACGUUAUACCACUACGAUGGAUUUGGCAAGGUUUCUAUCGAUGGUCCUGACGUUGCCAGAUACAAAUACUCUGGCAAAGAACAAUUUGCAGGCUUCUACUACUUCGGUGCCCGAUUCUAUGAUCCGGAUGCUGGACGCUUCUUGACUCUCGAUGAUUACCCAGUGUCGUUGAAUGAAAUUUCACCUUCUACUUUCAACAUGUACUCUUUUUCGCGCAAUGAUCCAAUCAAUUUCAUUGAUCUCAACGGCAACGUACCAAAAUGGCAUUGGAUCUUAGACGGAUUCCUUAUCGCUCUCGGAGUGGGAUUGAUGUUUGUACCAGGUGUUAACAUCUUCGUGGCGAUCGGUGUUGGGAUUCUUGCUGGGGCUGCCCUAGGAGCCGGUGUCUCUGGACUCAUGUACGAUUUCGACCAUCGCAAGGGCUCCUACAGCGACAAAGACUACUUUGUCAAUAUGGGCAUCGGCGCUGCGGCUGGUGCCGUCACGGGAGGAAUCUCGGGUGCUCUCGAUUUUAUCGUUCCCGCGGUGACUUUGGCAGAGGUCUUGGGCUCCCGAGGUGCUCUGUUGACGUCAAAAGUGGGCAGAGAGCUCGUCGUUCGCUUCGGAUUUAGGCUCACUACGAACACUCUCAUGGGCAUGGAGAAGAAUAUGGUGAAAACCGUUGCAUCCAACAUCUAUUCGGGAAAACCGCUGGAUGAGGGUCUGGGGCAAGCGGCAUGGGAAGGCGCUGCUGAAUCAUUUGGACUGGCAUUGGGGGGCGAACUGCUUGCCUCCGUCAAGCCAAUCCUCAAGGCGCGGUUCUUCGCGCGGCUCAGAAAACUGAGGUACCGUGGCUCCUAUGACCUCGCUACGCAGCAGAACGUGUCAGGCCUGAGGCGUCUGGUCAAAACGGUGGAAUAUCCUCUCAGGGAAACAGGAUUCGAUGUCAAUGAUCGAUUCAACUGGAACAUGGAGAUGUCUGGGAGUCGCUUGAGAUACGCACAUGUACAAGACGUGACGUCUCUCUGA